CCCCCCCCCCACCACCACCAACUCUCCCCACUCCUCAGUCCGGACACUAGCAGACAUGUGUUAUUUAUUGCUCAGCUUUGGGAGAAGACGAACGCACGCACAACCGGCUCCGGAAAUAAAGGAUUAAAAUAAAGCGCGUCGUUUCUUCAGCAACUCGAGGGAAGGAAAGCAUUGUGUCUGAUAGCGAAGGACACGAGAAUGGCGAGUCCGCCAAACACCGGAGACCAGCCGUUAUCGCCCGGUAAUACGAACGUGAACAACAGUAUCAAGAAAUGCGGAUAUCUGAAGAAGCAGAAACACGGACACAAGCGCUUUUUCGUUUUAAAAGAGCCGAGCGAAGGUUUCCCUGCCCGGCUGGAAUACUACGAGAGCGAGAAGAAAUGGAAAAACAAAUCGGCCCCAAAGAGAGUUAUUCCUCUGGACUGCUGUCUCAAUAUCAACAAGAGAGCGGACGCCAAACACAAAUAUCUUAUUGCUCUUUAUACCAAGGACGAGUAUUUCGCCGUGGCGGCGGAGAACGAGCAGGAGCAGGAGAGCUGGUACCGGCUGCUCACGGAUUUAAUGGCAGAGGGGAAAGUGUACGACGGCUCAGCGUCCAACUCUGCGUCCUCGCUGGUUGGCUUCGACGAGGCGAGCUACGGUGUAAUAACGCCGGUUUCCGCCGCCUACAAGGAGGUAUGGCAAGUCAAUCUGAAAUCCAAAGGCCUGGGGCAGAGCAGAAAUCUGACCGGAGUGUACAGGCUCUGUCUCUCCAGCCGGACUAUCAGCUUUGUCAAACUGAACUCAGAGGUCGCCUCAGUCAUUCUACAGCUGAUGAAUAUCCGGAGGUGCGGCCACUCCGACAGCUUUUUCUUCAUUGAGGUCGGUCGAUCUGCAGCCACGGGGCCGGGGGAGCUGUGGAUGCAGGCUGACGACUCUGUGGUGGCGCAAAAUAUCCACGAGACUAUCUUGGAGGCGAUGAAAGCCAUGAAGGAGCUGUCGGAGUUCCGCCCGCGCAGCAAAAGCCAGUCAUCUGGUACAAACCCCAUCUCUGUGCCCACACGGCGGCACCUGAACAAUCUCCCCCCCAGCCAGACCGGGCUUCCCCGGCGGUCGCGCACUGACAGCAUGGCCGCCACCUCUCCCGUGAGCAAAUUUUCCUCCUGUCGAAUACGCACAGCCAGCGAGGGCGAUGGCACCAUGACACGCCCAAUGUCAGUGACUGGCAGCCCCCUAAGCCCGGGGGUCCACAGGACCCUGCUGAGCAGAUCUCACACCAUUACAACGCGCCCUUGUCGGACAUUUGAAUCUUCUUCCCUCCAGCACAGUAAGUCCAUGUCUAUGCCCCUGACUCGUUCCCCGCCCAUGGCCACCCCUAGCCUGGGGAAUCUCUCCUCCUGCCCAGACAGCAGUGCUCCUCGCCCCUCCAGCUGCAGUGCCUCCUUCUCAGGCUCCCCCAGUGAUGCUGGUUUUAUAUCAUGUGAGGAGUAUGGCUCCAGCCCGGCAGACGCACGGGACCUGAGGCUACCACUCACCCUCCGUAGCAACACACCCGAGUCUCUCAGAGCUGACACCCCCCCCUCCCGGGACGGCAGUGAGCUUUAUGGCUACAUGGUGAUGGAGCGGCAGAAUCAGGAUGGUUACCGUCGUUUACCAGAGCUGGACAAGGCUUAUCGAAAGCGCACGUACUCCCUCACUACUCCCCGCCAGCAGAGGGGUCCCACCCAAGUAUCUUCAGCCUCCCUGGAUGAGUAUACUCUCAUGAGAGCUACUUACACCAGUGGAAGCCAGUCUUCUCGCAGAUGUCACACAGCCUCGCCUAAAGGGACCUAUCCUGAAGAUUACAGGGAUGUUCAGAUCAGCACUGGCAGUCUGAAAGGUGACAGUGGCUAUAUGCCCAUGAUGCCGGGUGUGGUGCCUCAGACACCAGGGUCCAAGGAUGACCCCUACAUGCCCAUGAGCCCCAUGUGUGUUUCUGCUCCAAAGCAGAUCAUCAACCCCCGUUCACACUCAUCUUCAGUGGGGCUGGCCCCAUGCACAGAGUCCCCCGGGAGCGUUUCUCUGGAGGACAGCGGCUAUAUGCGGAUGUGGUGUGGAACCAAGAUGUCAGUGGAGAGCAGUGAUGGAAAACUCACCAAUGGAGAGUACCUAAACAUGUCUCCUGUUGACCCUCUGGUGUCUUUCACACCUCCAGACUACAUCCUCAGUCCCCCAGGAGGAGAUCCCCACCCCCAGCAACAUCACAGACAGCCUUAUUCUUACAGCUCUCUACCACGCUUACUUAAAGGCCAGUUGCAGCGCAAUGGGUCCAUGGACACAGACCAGUAUGUGGUGAUGAGUUUACAGAGACAGCGGAUAGAAGAGGAGUCCAACUACUGUCCUGUCUCUCCAGGAGACUCUGUUACCAGCAGCUCUCCAGGGACACCAAGCACCCCUUCCUCCGCCCCAUCUCCUCUCAGAGUGGCUCGGGCAGAUGGAGGUCUGGUACACCGGAAUAGGGUGUGUCGGCCCACCCGCCUGGCUCUGGAGUCCCUCAGAACACUACCAUGUAUGAGCGAACACCCCCUUCCCUCAGAGCCACGCAGCCCCGGAGAGUACAUCAACAUAGACUUUAGUAGUGCUACCCGCGACCUGCUGGCACCCACAGAGUCAGAGAGCUCCGAGUCCUCUGUGACUUUAAUGAAUGCAGAGAAGGGAUCCCUGCAACUCUCAGACUAUGCCAAUGUUGACGUCAGCUCCCCGGGUCACCUUGGCUCUCCACCUGCAGGGUGCCUAAACCACACACCUGAAGUCUCGGCUUGCCCCACGCUGGUGAACGCCCAGGAGAACACACAGGAAGGCAAGGAGGAAAAAGAGGAAAAAAGCAUAGAGGGACAGGCAGAGGAGAGGGGGAUGGUAGAGGAAUAUCCUCUCCAACAGCAGGUGAGCCUGGUGUCUCAGUCGGCUCUAGUCAAGGAUGACUACACUGAGAUGACUUUCAGUGCUCCUGUACCUGCUCUCUGCACCACUGAUGCUGCUCCCCUCCCCACCAGCCCCACUGCCUGUGUCCAGAGACUCAGCCUUGAGAGCAGCAUUGUGGACGGGGUGACCCCUGUGCCACUGGACUCUUUUCUCCUGGGGGGUCCUUCGUUAUCCGUCACCCUUGUGGAUCCACACAGGGGUGCUAAAGUGAUCCGGGCUGACCCUCAGGGGCGCCGGCGGCACAGUUCUGAGACCUUCUCCUCCACCACCACUGUCACACCUGUGUGCCCAUCCUUUGCCCAUGACACCAAACGGCACAGCUCUGCCUCUGUGGAGAAUGUAUCCCGCACUGUAUGCAGCUCUGAGGGACCUGACGAGGACUACGGCAGCAACAGCCCCAUGUGCAGGGAGAUGUCUGCUGGUUAUCAGAAUGGACUUAACUACAUUGCCUUAAACUUGAUGGAGGGAAACCUCGGAGGAUGCAGGUUAGGGGACUGCGAUGGACUUCUGAGGUUCAAAGCAGCAUGUGGCUGCAAGGGAGGCAUGAAUGGUUUCAACACUAGCCCCUACGCCAGCAUGGGAUUUAAGGAGACUGCUGCUGCUGUGAAAGAGUGAAGGCUGAUGGGUCCCCCACCCCCCGCUCUCCUCUCCCUGCUUUUCCUAUGAACGCAGGAUUUUGCUGCAGCCAAGUGACAAGGUCGCUACGGCGACAGCUGGACCAUGCGCUGCAGUCGAUGUCCUUUGACCUCUUUGCCGCCUUCUCGGGUCACAGGGACGGCCAUCACCAUGGCAACACGGACACUUGACCCUUGCCCCAAAUCUUCCCUCCGCUUUUCUCGGCACCAAAACAUUCAGG